ACAUUUUGUAGCAAAGUCAGUUGUCUGGUCGAUUCGGAUCUUAAAACUAUAUCAACAUGAAAUUCCUGUUCGUUUUCGGAUUCUUGGUUUGCGGAGCUCUCUCCCUGCCCCUUGAUGCCGUCACUGGUGGUGCCUCCGGUGGUGAGCUGGGUGUUGGAGGUGGCAGUGUGUCUGAUACUGCUUCAGGAGUAACUGGCGGACUUGGAGGUCUCGGAGGUGAAGCUGGAGGACUCGGCGGUGCUGCUGGAGGACUCGGCGGUGCUGCUGGAGUUGGAUCCACAUCCGAAACGAAAUCUAUAACGAAAACGUUAACCGAAACCGAUGGCAAUUCAAAAUCUAAAAGUGCUAACGCGGUAACUGAUUCUGGGACAGUUGGAUCUGAGUCUGGUAGUGCAGUAGCUUCUGGCACUGGGUCCGGUGCUGGUACUGCUGUUGCAGGUGGCACUGGAUCUGGAUCAGGUGCAGCAGCUGCUACUGGCACUGUAGGAAACGCUUCUGGCGCGGCGGCAGCCACUGGUACUGGAACUGGAUCCGGUGCGGCAGCUGCAAGUGGUGCAGGUUCUGGUGGAGCAGCAGCGUCUGGUGCAGGUGCUGCUACUAGCGCUGGAAAAGGAGCUGGUGCUGCAGCUGCCUCUAGUGCAGGAUCUGGAUCCGGUACCUCAGCUGCCUCUGGCGCCGCUGCUGCCACUGGAUCUGGCACUACCGGUGUAACUGGCGCUGGUAGUGGAGCUGGCGCACUAUCUCUCGGAAGCGGUUCUGGCUCAGGUUUAUCUGGUGCUGGAGCCGGAGCUGGUGCGUUAGCCCUCGAUGGCGCUGGCACCGGUCUAACUGGUUCCUUAGCCGGAUCCGGCGCACUUGGUGUAUCUGGCUCGAAGUCAGGCUUAACUGCCAGUGGAUCAGCUGUCGGUUCCGGUUCUGUAGCUGGAAUCGGUACUGGAACCGGAGCUUUAGGCACAUCUGGCACGAUCAGCACCGAAAAUGGAGGGCUAGGUGUGUCUGGUGCCAUUUCUGAUAGCAAAUCGUUGUCUUUAAACCCACUUGAUAUUAUAUCUGGCGCGACUGGAUCGGGAUCGUUACCCGCGAUUAGCACUUUACCAGUGUCUGGCUUAUCUGGAUCCGAGAAGACGCCAGAUUGUGACAAGAAGACUGAGGCGCUCACUGGAACCCCGGACUUGGCUAAAAUUGAAAACGCAGCUGGUACAGCCCUCAAUGCCGCUGGUGGAGCCAGCGGAGCAGCUAACGUUGCUGACAUAGUGACUGCUGCUGGAUCCGGCACUGGUGGUCUUUCUGCCGUCAUCUGAAUGAAAUAAGUCGAGAAGAUAAAAUCCGUAUCGAUAGAAGAGAAUCUACAUAAUUUUGAGAAAAAGUAAACAAAUUUUGAAAAUGUUAGUUAAAUUCCUGGACAUGUUAUAAUAUCUGAAUAUACAUUAUAUAAAUAAAAUAAAGUUAUUUCAUUAUAA